UCGAAUUGACCGCGAUUGACGUCUACCCCGAGAUUCCGGUCCGUCUUCUGUAUGUAAAUUGUUUUGAUUUUUGUGUAGAUAACGCCACGACGCAAGUACGGAUCGCCUUGCGCCGCGGACGAGAACACCUCCCGGAGCUUUUAUUUUAGUUCUAAAGCGGAAAUUAGUUUACAACAAUGUUCGAGUGGGCAUACGACGGUGUAAAUAGUUCUAUACCUCGCAAUGUUGGUCCAGAAUGUGCAAAUUACCUGACGCUGAAACGGAGAUUAAUAGAAACAUUGUUUAUAUCCAUAUUUAUCAUAUCCUGCAUUGUAUGGGGCCUGAAGCGAGUGACUUUGCCAAAGAACCUGGCCUAUGUCAAUCAGGACCAUGUCGGCAGGAGAGUCCUGUUAAUCAUGAUGUCUUUGGUCCUAGGAAUGGAGAUCGGUUUUAAAUUCACUAGCAGAACUGUUAUAUAUUUGUUGAACCCGUGUCAUAUUACAACGGCGAUACAAUUGUAUCUGCUGGCUGCAGCUCCUAGUCCAACAGUCACCGCUGUCUUCAGGAUACACUUGAACUUAUUAAAUGGACCGGUGCUAGCAUAUCUAUUUCCAGAGACAGAGUCUCGAGUUAUAUUUGCAGAUAGAGCAAUGUAUUAUAUUCAACAUGGUUUGAUGCUAGUAAUACCAUACUACUUAUUGAGGCUUGGAGGUGUAUAUAAUAUCGAACCCCUAUCCGAUAUGAGCUGGUCGGUUCUUGGUUUCGGCCUCAAUGUAGGAUAUCACUUUUGGAUUCUUCAAAGUGUUGCCUUGCCAGUACAAGUGAAUCUUAGUCACAUGUUGUGUGCAGCUGUUUUGGAUCCAUUUGAAGGCCAAAAUUAUCGAAUAUGGGCAGUUACCCAUCAGUCAAUAUUAUGCCCUGUUCUGUGCAAGCUAUUUUGUUAUGGAUCCAAUUUCUUCUUAACUAAGUUUCCGCCGACUAGGGUUAAGCCGUCACUGGAAUGCACGAUUCCAAAGAAAAACUGUACAUACGAGCAGAACGAAAAGGUGCACGAAGAAUCCAACACUUCAGGAAACGGCCAUACGCAUUUUGAUUAGUUCGGUAGCGAGAUUCGUUACAGCAAAUGUAUGAAACACUUCCUUUCGAUUGAGUGAGUAUGUAAUUCCCGCAUACGUAUUUAUUACCGUAACAUCUAAGAUGACAUUAUUUGUAGAUUUCUAAAACUUUUACACCAUCCGCAUUUACCUUGGUAGUCGCGUAGAUACUUACCAAUUCUUAUCUUAUUUACACAAGAGUGUCAGAUUAUUCUUCCUUGCAGACUAACGCAUUUAUAAUUAUAUCUAAUUAUAACACCCUUCGAACAUUGUCUUCAGGGCCCAGUGCGAGUAAACAAAGAAAAAAAGACAUCGGGCGAUAGGGAAAAUUAACUAAUACUUAUUUAAUAUCUAAUUAACACACUAACACACGAAAAAAACAAAAAGACUAUUAACACACGAACAUUACUCAACACAUUCCUGUUGCGGACAAAUUUUUUGUCGUCAAGAUCAAAAAAACUCGUUCAUACAACACGUACACGUACGAGAUAUCGAACAGGUAACUUGAUCUUAGUACAAUCGUUGUGAUCGUAUUAGUUUUAAUCCGUUAAUCCGUGAUACCGAUCGAUAAAUAGUCAAUUCGAGAUAUGAAUUUCUGUCCAAAUGCUUGUCAUGCCUAGCGCUGUGCAUAGAUUAAGAGUCUCAGUGAUAGUGUGAGGCUUAAGCUGACGUCCAGUAACAGUGGCUGAAUAGCCAACCCUAAAAAUAAUAAUUGCACUAUCUUCUACUAGGUAAAAACGCAAUAUGAACAGAUCAUCUCAUGCAUUUUUAUAUUCAUUUUUACUCAUGCAAUAGGAACGACGAAGGCAUUCAAAUAACGAAACUGCAAUGUAUUUUACACAGUUCGAAAGACAACUACAUCGUUAGACUUUUGCCUAUAUAUAUAUGCCGUGCAGACUAUAUAGGAAGCGGAAGUCCGUCGGGUUUCACAGUGAGUCUUCUUAGCCAGGCAACUCGAGAUGUCGUAACGUAUGCCAAUACGAGCCGUAACAUUGUCUGCUUGGAAUUUGUGAAAUCCUGCGAGCUUCCACAGCUUAAUAAUAAAUAUAACAGAAUGUAAAGAAGCAUUUUGGCGACGGAAAGCAUCUGUUAAAUUCGAUUGAUAGUAGCGAUUGAUAGGAAGCUGUAAAGCUGACGUACCAUUUUGCGACACAUAAGAUAUACUUUCAUUUUAGUGAAUCCGCGAUUCUCCUUCUCUCUCUCUCCCCCCCUCUCUCACUAUUUGCAAAACUGGUCAUGUAUAUGAAGAUAUUUUUAUAUGACAGUUCCUAUAAGAUUGAACCCUUUGCUGAACGAGUUCUCGUGACGAGGAAUACUUUUGGAAAUAUUUCACAGUUACGUCGUGCACUGUGAAAGAAUUUUGGUAUGUGUGCUCACUGCGCCUCGCGCUUUCAUCCGAGAAAAUGGAAACGACUCUCUCCUCAUCCUCAUUAGAGCUUUUGCAUGAUUCAUCCAUUAUCCACUUUGUGUUCUUUCAGAACCGUCUCGGUUCUAUCUUUCGUAUAGAAACGUUUUUUGUAAACGUUACCUCUGAAUAGCGAAAUGAGACGGCCUAUGUUGUUGUCCACAUAGAAAUAAUCCAAAAAAAAAAAAAAAACAGGACUUGCGAAGUUUUUUCAAAGAUAACAGCCUGAUAGUACAGAAUUUAUGUUACUAGUGUGAAUAAUAAUAAUGAUGAUAAUAAUAAUAAUAGCGUUAGAGUGACACUAGUAUGGAGACUUAACUUAUAGAACUGCACGGAGAAAAUUAACUUAACGCGAUCUUGUAAUAUAAACAUAUAAACAUACAAAAGUUCGAUUCUCUAGGAACUUUUGAAUUCCUUUUGGGGAUGCCGUCGGGUGAGAUAUACCACAAGUGACAUAUUAAUCUACUUGAACUACAAAUAGCGUGAUCCUAAUUUUUGCACGAGAAUGUACCAGUUCUUGCAUUAGACGUGUAUACUAGUGUUUUGCGAAUUAAACUAGUAACAAGUAAGAUUGUCUUUGGCAUAGUACUAUAAAAAAGAACACAUAUAUGCUCUUAAUUAAAAUAUUUUUUAUUAAAAUAUGGCCUAAAAACGUGAACACAGCUGUCUCAAAGAGAUAGACAGGAAUGAUAGGAUCAGUAUUUAAGCUAACGCAAUUGAUCGGAUUGUCGAGAGUGUUUUAGUGCAAAAUACAAAUGCAUACGUUGACGGAUUGCAUUAAACCUCCAAAAGCAAUACGUCUACUUUUAUCUAACAAUAAGUAGUUUCCCCAUUGUUAGCUGUCGAAUGUGAUCAAGUCACCGAGCGUGUUUUUACUGUGUCAGCGGUCCGAUAAAUAAAACUCUUCCUUUUUUUUGUUUCGCGAAAUAGGAGAUCAAGUGAUUCGCAUAUAUUAACUAACAAGAGAAUUAAUUUACAUUAUCUGUUAUAUGUUACGUAUAUCUGUUUGUCAUUGUGAUAAACGGGUCAAUCCAAUUAUUAUAAUGGACAACCUCACUCAUUCAAAAGAAUAAAUAUCUCUUUAUUAACACUUUGUCAUGGUGCAACUUUGUCUUAUUUGUUAUUAUUUAUUUUAUUAUACUUAAAAAAAAGUCUUUGCUUAAUAUAUACACAUGUCCAAUACUAUCGUAAAGUUCGCCUAAUUAGACGAUUAACGAAUUAUUUAUGCGGUGAGAAAGAGAGUUUUCUCCGACUAUCGGGAUAUACCUCAUUUGUACAACUCUCUCAACAUAUAAUUAUUUCGUAUACGAUAUAAGCGUAGCAGGGUGUUAAAUCAAGGAAAGUUAUAACGUAGAAUAGCGAUAUUCAGGUUUUUUUUUACCAAAGAUUUAAUUCAAUUGAAUUUUACAAAAGACGGGUCACACAAAUAAAUAUAAUAUUUUCAUGAUAACAUCGUUAACGAUACAAAUUAUAUUGACAGCUAUUAGAUACGUUUUAGAAGCUGUAGUCGCGAUAUUCAUAUAGAGAAGUGUUACGAUUACGUAGAUAUCCCUUUACUUAAACGAGCUCUUAAUUUAAGUGACGGUUAUAAUAUCCUUUAAGAGUCAAAUAUUUUCUUAAUGGGCGAUGUACGAUGAAAGUUUGCAGUUUCGUUGUUUGUAUAUUUAAAGGAUAAUCAUAUAAUGGUAACUAUGUAUGUAAAACAGCAUAUACACACACACACACAUACAAACACACACAUAUAUAUAUAUGUAUAAACACUACAUGCUUACUGAUAAUUUCAUAAUGUUCCGGAGUAUUUAUUGGUUUUGUUUUUAGGGUAAGGCGCGUUACAUUAAUUUUCUCCCUCUUGAUUCGUACGUUCCUACGAAAUUUCCUGAUAAAACGAAGUAUAACGGAUACCAGUACACUAGAUAAGUCAUCGGUCAAAUUGAUAUAUUUUUGUUUUCUAGAAUCUUCCGAAUACCCCUGUAAUAUGUAAAUAUAUUUCGUAGAAUUAAUAAGGAAAAAAAAAGGAAAGAAAGCUGCUAGAGAAAAGUUCCUGUAUUAGUGCUAUCAUGAUUGAAAUUCUUUAUUGCUAAUAUUCCUUGAAUCAACGAAUCUUUUCUGCGUUGAAGAUUUCGAAGUAGAAAGCGUAUGCGUAUGUACUUGUAUCACGGGAUUCACGUGCGCAUUUAGGUUGUAUCCCUGCGAUUGACUGCGGAUCAAUUUCCCGUCAGUUUCAGCCUCAUUUAUGAUUGUAUCGACAGCAUUGUACGAAUGUCUGGCACGACGCGAGACGCGUCGCCAGUGCGUCAUCAUCUGUUCGCAAUUUCGUAAAACGUCGCAAAACUUCGUUGCCUUUAUACGCGCUGUACAAAAAUAAAAGAGCAAAAAUAUGUUAAUUCUCGUUCUCGGCGUAGAACAUAUGACAUGUAAAUAGCGUCGGUGGGUUCGAGUGUGCGGUACGAUGCUUCGACGAUUUCAUAUUGCACUCUGCGUUCCAUGAUAGAUCGAUUACAAUUGGACAGAUAGGCGAAUACGUCUUCUGCGCGCGCGAUACGCAAGUAACCCGAUACGCAUUAUCGCGUAAUUAAUAUUGAAGUAGUUUCUCCUAAUUAAGUUCGUGACAAAGAUGUAAUCAUUAUGUAAUCAUACUAUUUAAUUCAAUCUAAACUAGGGACGGUUGAAGGAAAAUAAUGCGUAGAGUAACUCUUCGUUGUAUCAGUGUUGGCUGUUUGCGCACAGCCUAUGCAUAAUAUGUAUAAUAUAUCUUAAACAGUCACUUCAUACAUGCACAGGAUGUCUCGUCGUUGCUCCUUCAGAUAUUUGUUAUAAGUUGAACUAUUCAUAAUGUUCAGUUGUGAACGAUUAACGAGUAAAGAGAACUUGUAGCAAUGUAUCUAUUUAUUUAUUUGCGUAUUUAUUUAUUUAAAAUGGAGACUUAGUAGGUUCUUUCAGUUCUAAGCUCAGUUGUCGGACAAAGACUAGAGAUACAGGAGACAUUUUUCAAAAGCUAGGAAGAAAAUACGCGAUGCUGGUGAGACGUCCUGUAUAUAAACUGGGUGAACGAAUAACACGAAGUCGCCUCUUGUUGCUCGUUGACUUGGAUCAUGCGUAUCGAAUAAUGAAAUUAUAUAUUGUAUAUUUUCUGCAUAAACGCCCAACACUGGCUAAUAUAUAUUUUUGUGGAAAUUUAUACAAAUUUGUACAGUGGGAGUGUUAGUAUUACCGUCACGAUAUGUUUCUCGUCACUGUACAGUAUUACUUUUGCCAAAUAAGAUUGCGCUUAUCUGAAAAGUUAAGGGCAAUAUUGGAUGUACCACUUACAUUCGCACUCUGGUAAUUUGUGUGUUCUUUUUUAUUCGGGAGUCUCUUCACUCGAACAGAAUCGAUAGGUGAACUGGGGAAGGUGGGCUUAACAUGUUCAAUAUCGAUACGCGAUACUGAUAAAGGCAAGCAUCUGGUUUCGGUGCCAUGAUGGUUUCUCGAGUCCGAUGUCGUCAGAUAUCUGAGAGAUGAGGUAUUGAUGGACGUAACGUAACUGUUACCGUCACUAGCGUUCGAAUUGUGAAAGCAUUGUAAAACUUUGGGUAAAAUGAAUAAAGGAAAUGGUUCAGAUCGAA